GGCAUCGGUUCCAAAGUGCACUGAUAAAAGCGAGCCAUAUGACAGCCAUGCUAGGCUGAAAAGGUUUCCGAUCGUGUACGGUGAGCGAAAGGUGAUCGCGCUUUUGUACAUUAUUACUGGUUUUUAAGAGUUUUCUAUUAAAACAACACACCAGUAUGGCUAGUGGGAAGCUGUUUCGUGCAAUCAUCAUGGGUGCACCCGGAUCGGGCAAAGGAACCGUGUCGGGCCGAAUUGUCAAAGUGUUUCACCUGAAGCACAUCAGCAGUGGUGAUUUGCUGCGAUCGAACAUCGCGAAGCGCACCGAGUUGGGAUUGAUCGCCGACAACUACAUUCGGGAGGGCAAACUGGUGCCGGAUAUUUACAUAACAAAGUGCAUAUUGAAUGAGCUCGAACAAAUUAAGUCCUCCUCGUGGUUGCUGGACGGCUUUCCUCGCACGCGUGAACAAGCGGAUGAUCUAUGGAACCAGGAACGGAUCGAUUCCGUAAUCAAUUUAGACGUGCCUUUCGAUGUGAUCAUCGAACGGAUUCAGAGUCGCUGGGUACAUUUGCCUAGCGGACGAGUGUACAAUGUAGGGUUUAAUGACCCUAAGACUCCAGGUCGGGAUGAUAUCACUGGGGAACCGCUUAGUCAACGGCCGGACGAUAAUCCGGUGGCUGUUCGAAAACGUUUAGAGGUGUACGAUGCGUGUACGCGCCCCAUAAACGAGUACUUCAAUGAGAAGGGCGUGUUGGUCACAUUCAAGGGGAGCACCACUGACGAAAUAUGGCCACAUGUGAAGCAAUAUCUCGAAGCGAAGGUACAGUGAAGAAGUACCGUGCUAAACCAUAUCCCCAGAAUUCCAAUGAAACAUACCGGCACAAACAAGCUGCACAGUAGUAGAUAAGAUAAUACAAGUGUACGAUAACGUUAUAUCCCAAUAGCACCUCGAAAAGUAAUUCCAUUGUAAUUCCACUGCGGCGACAAUAAGCAAUUGUAAAGCAAUUUUAAAUAAAAAAG